CAUACAUACUGUAUAGUACUUUAUAGUGCCUUGCAGUACAUGUAUCAAUGUGGGGAAGUGGAACAGAUGCCAGUCAAUCUAUCAAAGCAGCUGAAGACGAACUGUUAAACCACAUAGCGAGUUACAGGAGGCGGUAUAAUUCUCUGUACCCCCGGGGGCCAGUGCUGCUCCUGAUGCCAGAGAAUGAGGAUGGUGUCACGGUGGGUGUGGUGAGCCUGGUGGUGCCGUCACCCGCGCCACACCCGCAGUUGUUGGCCCUGGAGGAUGCUGCUGCAGUCUUGGCUGAUCUCAUCUCCUACACGCCGCCCCGCCCACCGCCCACUCUGCCCAGCAGGGUGAGGUCCCCGGCAGUGGUGGUGAGGAGCCAGGAGGGUAUUGGGGUAGAGUGUGCCCUGGUGCUGGUCUCCGUGCUCCUGGGGGCGGGGUACCACGCCCUGGUGGUGCAGGGCGCUGCCAGGCCCGCCCUGGUGGCCAGGGACACCUCCCAUCUUCCCUGCCCCUAUCUCAUCCACCACCAUACCGAGGGCGAGGACCAGGUGGAGGCCGGCCCCUCCAAGUACAGCGUGAGACCACCACCAGACCUGAAGAGUCGCUACCUUCUCAUCAUGGAGGAACGGGCGAAGCGUCGACGUGCCGCCCACCUCCAACACCUCCACAAGCACCACCACGCCCCUGAUGCCCAUGCUCAGCAAUGGUGGACUGGUAGAGGGGAAAGGGAAGGCCCUGAGACACCUCACCUGCAUUUCUGGGUGGUGGUGCUGCCUCCUGGGCGACAGGUGGCCACCCCCACCUUCGUGGAACCCGCUACAGGCCGCAUGCUUCUCCUAGGCUCCUCUCAGGCUCUUCCCUACAGCGGCAUCCACGCUGUCUUCGACAACACCAACUACUGGGCCUGCACCAAGUACGAUCAACCCAUCUCCCCUGACAUGUUUGACCUCUCAGAUCGGAGUGUGUGGAUGCCUCUGAUUGAGGCUGAUCAACCCCACCCAUCUCAAGGCUCGCCUCGCCUUGAUCCUGACUCACACCAUCCAACAGCUGCCCACCAGCCAUCCACACCAGAUAUUCAACCACCAUCCACACCAACUACCCACAAUCCAGCCACGCUAGCUGGCCACCAACCACCCACACCAGAUACCCACCAGCCAUCCACACCAGCUGGCCACCACCACCAUCCGGCCCCAGCAGCAGCAGGCAGCGAGGGGUCGGGGCACCCAGCGCUAGGCGGCGCAUCUCCAGCGACGCCAGUUCCAACAAGAGUCACUAAGCCGUCCCUCAAAGUGCCGAAGACUCGCGCCAAACCUGUCUCAGUCACGGAGGAAGCGCUGGAGAAGAGAUUUCCAGGAGGGUGGAGAGAAGAGGUAUACAAGAGAGUAGUGGCUCGUCGCUACUCACACUUCUCUCACCAGCGGGGAGCCACACUCAUACUCACGCUCUUCUCCAAUACUGGUUCGACGGAGGAGGUCCGGGAGCAGUUCGAGCAGCGGGCGGACUGUCUACUGACGAGGGAGACCCACCUCCUCCACGGGUCGGUCACCGAGACCUUCGCCUCCACCAGGAAGGACACGCUCAAACGUCAUGAGUACUGGAGGUGUCCCGGGUCCCUGGCCGCCAGGGUGCGCCCUGACGGUAUGGACAACCCGGCCCUGGCGCCUGUAGGGGACGGCUCUGCUCACUCCUCCAGGGAUGAGGUCUUCCAGUUCCACUCCAAGUUCAGAGUAGACGCUCUCAGGAGCCGGGUGAUUGGCGCCACGGUGUGGCGGGAGGAGUUUGACCAGCGACCUGACCUCCUGCUGGCCAGGACCGUCACCUUCACUACCGCUGACCCUACACCGUCCUCACCCAUCCAGGUCAAACCUUCAAUACCACACAACCCAUUUCAACCCAUCCAGGUCAAACCUUUAAGAAUCGAAGAGGAGUUCGGGUGUCCGGAUGACGUAGAGCCUCACAGGGCGGUCCAGCGCAGAGUGUUUGAAGUGAGUGAGGGAAGAAUCCUGCUGGUGUACCACUACGGCCGUCAUCGCCUUCUGCAGCCUACUAGGUCCUUCGUCAAGCCCCCUAGCGGCCGCCCGGCAGACCUCACCCCAGACAUGACCCAAGGCUUCCAGCCGGACCCCAGUGUGGAGGAGCCCGCCAUGCCGGAGCUGUGGGGGGUGCUGGAGGCGGAGAUGGAGGCGGAGGUGGCGGCGCAGGAGGCGGCCAGGAGAGCCGUGGAGGAGACGGCAGCUCUCAGACAGACCAGGGAGGCCGAGGAACAUCUCACCCUCCUUCUGCCGCACAUCUUCGACAUCCGCAGGAAUGAAACGGUUCAGUACAUACUGAAACAGAGGCAGUACGAAGAGGCUCACAGAGAAGAGAUGCUGGCUAAGCGACGGGAGGAGCAGGAAGGUCGCGUCGACACCAUCGCUCCUUAUCUACCCCUCCUACAGGUCAGCGAGCAUUAUCUACUCCUCCUACAGGUCAGUGGGCAUUAUCUACCCCCUCCUACAGGUCAGUGGGCAUUAUCUACCCCUCCUACAGAUCAGUGGGCAUUAUCUACCCCGUCCUACAGAUCAGUGGGCAUUAUCUACCCCUCCUACAGAUCAGUGGGCAUUAUCUACUUCUACAGGUCAGUGGGCAUUAUCUACCCCGUCCUACAGAUCAGUGGUCAUUAUGUACCCCUCCUUCAGAUCAGCGGGCAUUAUCUACCCCUCCUACAGGGAGAGGGAGCAGCUGAGAGAGCAGAGAUGGUGAGAGAGAGAUGCCUGCAGGACCUCCGGGAGCGCCUUGCCUUGAGAGCCAACCUCCUACAGGACAGACUUGACCAGGCCCGCGCGCUGGUGCUGGAAUGCCGGGAGGAAGCAAGUCGUCGGAAACGCCUCACAGCGGAGGAUCGAGCGGAUCUCACCGGGCGGACGACGGCAGCGGAGGCCGCUCACCGCCGCUUGCGGGCCCAGCUGGCGGCCUGGAGGCACGAGGCCUCCGAGAGAUACGAGGCUCUGGCCUCACAGCUGGAGAACAGUCCCUUGCUCUCUCAGAGGCCUCCCUCCACCCCGACACACUGA